CCACUACCACCACUACUACAACCUACCACUACCACCACUACUACAACCUACCACUACCUACCAUCAUAAUGUAUCGCCUCUUCUAAUGUUGGUCGAUUCAUGACAUUAACUCACACUGAUGACUGCAGGUGAGGGCAGUAGACCUCGGCACAGGUACUACGGCCUUACUGGUGGUGUUGUGUGUAUACGUUUGUCCGGAUAAAUGAGAUAUGGUAAACCCGACAGACAAAUAGACGGACAUAACGUAAAUAUGAACGUUUGAUGAGUUCUGCUGGUGUUUGAAUUUGAUUUGUUGUCGAACCUGGUUUUUUUUUUUUAAGAUAGAAAAAAUUUAAUUUUCAGAUUGAUUAUAUGUACUUACGAACAUCCAUUAAUGCUUGCACUGACUCUGUGUUUACACAAUGGCUCAACGCGGGAGAAGAGAGGUCACGGCCUCUGUUCCACAAAACAAGAAAACCAGCUCUACCGUUCCCUCGGCGCUGGAAAUUGAAAAUUCUAACUUUUCUGGUAUGCUGGUGGCAACGCCCAUUAGAGUGGCCAUGGCCUCAAGCCUCUCGCCAUAUAACCCCGGUGUUCUCUUGAGGUCAGCGACGACGCUUGAGCAAUAUGAUGUGACGAGAUCUGUGAAAAAGAGAAGUAGUGACAGCAUCAAGAGGAGUAGUGGAAAUCGGCCCGGAAGCAUGUUGGAGACAACAGAAACUAAGAGGAAGAGUGAUCCCAGCUCCAACAGCGCCACCAGUGCUCUCUUAAGCAGCGUCACAUCUAUCAAGGCUUUCUUCGGAGUCAACGGUAACGGAGGGGAAUCUCAAAUGUUCAAGAGGAAUGGCGCCGCAAGGUCGACGAAGAAAGCAGCUGCAGAUACUAGAACCCGCAAUGUGACCCCGGGCCUCAAGAGACUCCCAAAAGACCGCGUCCUCCAGGAUGAUACUAACGCCUCCACGUUCUACAGAGGCUUACCGCAGAGGUCCCCUUCGUCCCCAGCACCAUUCUCAUACACAUCCAAGAAGCCUUUAACCUCAACAACCUCCAAAACCCUCAGUGCCUCCACUUCAAUAAAGAAGACUGUUACCUUAACUACUGCCCAGAAAACUGGUAAUUCCGGUGAGCGCUCGAGAUCGCGCAGAGGAAAGUCAACUAGAAGAAAGUUUUUCAGCAAGUCGUCAAAGAGCGCGGGCAGAGACGGUGAUGUGACCUCGACGGACGACGAACAGGUUGAUGGAGGCGUUGAGAAGAAGUGGACUCGGAGCAACUCACUUCGCCGCCCCUUUCACAGCUCAAGACACAACACUGGCCACCAACAGGACCCUUCAGCUCACUCUGAUACUGAAAUUGGGAAGAUAUCAGCACCACACAGCCUCUUAGACGGUGAUAGUGGGUCAGUAGGAGGCAGUGUGUCCUCAGAGCGUGCUAUUGACGUUGGGAGGGUAGGUGCUUGGGCAACUUCUUUCGAGAAGCUUUUAGAAGAUCCAGCAGGACUACACACCUUUGCUGAAUUUUUGAAAAAAGAAUACAGUCAUGAAAACAUAUACUUCUGGACGGCUUGUGAGCGAUACAAGCGGGUCUCCAACCCCGAUGAACUCCGAGCCAUGGCAAAGGAGAUCUUUGAGAGACACCUGUAUAGUGGCGCCCCUGAACCUGUCAAUGUUGACUCUCAGGCAAGACAGGAUGCAGGAGAGGGCCUUCAUUCUCCAAAUCAAUUUUUAUUUGACCAGGCCCAGAAGCAGAUUUUCAAUCUUAUGAAGUUUGACAGUUACUCUAGGUUCUUGAAGUCAAGUCUAUACAAUGAUUGUGUAUCUCGGGACAUGAGAGGCCAAACUCUUCCUUACCCUGGUGAUGAGACUCUUGAUCCUGACCUUAGGAUAGCACAAGAAGACUCCCAUGUUAAGUUAAAGAAAAGUAGAUCAGAUGCAGACGAACGUCGUCGAAAAUCAUUAUUGCCAUGGAACCGUAAAGACCGUAGCAAGAGUAAAGACAGAGGAGAAGCCGAGUACAGGCGCAGGAAGAAACACAACCAACGUAAUACCUCAGAUUCAUCCAGCAUCCGUUCGGAUAUCAGUGGAAGUCGUACCUCUCUCAAUUCCUCUGACCUGCCCCUAGGCAGAAGAGCAUUGUCAAAAGAAUCACUCACCAGUGGUGACUUUGGGAGCUUCAGCGGGAGUGAAUGUUACAGCAGAUGUCGUGUAAUCCUGCCUGACCUGAGCAACUCUGUGGUGGCGGUCCGAAACGAUGAAUCUAUACAGGUGUUGCUGACUAGAUUACUAGAGCGCCGAGGACUCUCUUAUUCUACUUUUGAUGUUUACCAGCACAAGACAGACAAGCUCAUGGAUAAAAGUGAAGACAGUUCAAUGCUUGGUGGCAUGGAAGUGCGACUGGAGCAGAGAAUUAUAUUUCGUUUAGAUUUACCCAACCGCAAGACUGUGUGUGUCAAGGCCAAGCCAAACAAGGUAACAAAUGAUGUCCUAAAACCUAUACUUCUGAAGUAUGGAUACAAACUGGACCUCAUGUUUGUUCACAAGGUUGGAGAGGAGAAGGGAGUUAAUCUAAAGUGCCAUGUAAAUGAGCUUGAUGGUGAUAAACUUGUGGUGCAAACAAAGGAGGAAGUCAAAGAAUGGGGAGUGGAGUCAGGACGGCAGACAAAAAGAGGGACCACACUUGAUGAAAUUACCAAUCGUGUCUUUGAAGACUUGUUGAAAGGGAAGUCUGAACAAAAUUUUGAUGAGCUUGGAAUCUUAGAUUUUGAUGCCAGAUCAACCAGAACUGAUAACAGUAGUGACAGAUCAUCUGGCAUUUUGGGUGGUUUUAGCCGCAGGAAUUCUCUUGCUCCUGACAAGGAAACUAAUAACAAGCCAAGAAAGCCAAGCAACAGGUCUAGUGUGCAUGAGAACCUCAGUGGGCGGGGGAUGUUGCAGCACCCCGACCAUGCCCUGGUCACCAAGCGAAGAGGGAACAACCCAGCAAACGUUAAACAGGAAAAUGAUGAGUUGUAUGAAGGCUUAAAAAGAGCUCAAAGGAGUCGCCUUGAUGAUCAAAGAGGAACAGAAAUAAACUUUGAACUUCCAGAUUUUCUUAAGUGUGAACCACCUCAGGAUAAAGAAAAUCAACAUGCUCAUCUAGCUGAUCAGUUGUUGGCUCACCUGGAGUGUUCCUUCUCAGAUGGUGUGGUGAUUCCUACCCACCAAGAAGCUGAGGACUAUUUUAGUAUGGCCCACCCUGAGGUUUGGGGAGGAAUUCCUUCAAGCACAGGGCCACAUUCUGCUAAUGCCACUCUCUUGGCACCUGAUUUAGAUCUGGAUGAUUUUGAUGACACUCUCCGAGGGGAGGAAUCUCUCUGUCAGGUUCCUUUGCCCGACACAUCUUCUACUUCCUUACAUGUAGACCCUCCAGACUUUUCUCCUCCACCCCCAAUACCUAUGGAAAACUCUGCAGUACCAGCUGUGUCAAGAAUGGCCCUAACAUCACUCCCAUUAUCCCCACCUCCUCUACCUCCCAAACCUAAGCUUGGGGGCAUUAGAGGUCCCCCUCCACGCCCCCCAUCACGCCAAUUGCACCUCUUAAACCCACCUACAUUUACCUCCACCAGUGAUGAUGAUGCCUUGCACUCAUCUGACCCACCUAUUCACAUCACCAGACAAAGUCAUGACAAAUUCAAUAUCAGUUUUGUUUAGUGAAGAGAUUGGUGGUUAAUGUUUCAUUUGUACAUUAGUCUUUCUCAGACACUUCCACACACACUCAUACACACAAACACAUACAGGCACAUGUGCACAUAAACAUUUGUUUAUCCAAGUGUUCAAAAGCUUUAGGAGUAUCAGUGAAAAUGUAAGUAAAUACUUUUUGAUUUGGAACUUAAAUUUAUAAUAUUUCCAUAAUACUAUAAUGUGUAUGGCGUGUUUGUACAUUUUUACUGAAAGAUAUAUUAAAUCAAAUGACUUGGCAUGGCAUGACUGUAAGGUUUACCAUGUCACUAUAAUUAUGUCUGAUUUAGAUAGUUAACAAGCUACAAUGAUCAGUUGAAGAAAAAAGGGGUUAGCUCUUCCUUUGAGGGAAGUCUUGCAGACCUUGGAAUUGCUUUAAUACAGUACAAAAAAAUAAUAAAAAUAUUGCUGAAAAGAAGUGUGCCAUUCCAGGUAGUUCUUAUAUACAUAUACAUAUUUAUAUAUAUAUGCUGUAAUAUGUAUGUAGUAAAUAUCUUUUACGUAGAAACUGACGCCCUAGCUAACUCGCUAGAUGCGUUGUGAUACCAGCAGUAUUUCUAUGUGUAUAAAGUUACACGAGUUGUAGAUAAUUUAUGUAUUAUGCAUUCUUGUAUAUAUUGGCAAUAAUGAGCAUGUUUUUGCUAUCAACUUCUAAAAGCUGUAUCUUAUAUGUACAUAAUUCCAUGUUCCUAUGACUGUGAAUUUAUAUACUAGACAAUCUGAUUAAUUUUUUUUUACAAUAUCUAUGCACAACAGUGGCAAUAAUAUGAAAAACAAUAAAUAAGUUUUGAUUUAUAAA